AUGUUUCACAAACUGUAUUUUGAUAAUUGGUUCACAGGAGUUCGGUUAGAAGUUGAACUAGGAAAGAUGGGUAUUCAGUCUUUAGGAACUGUGAGACCUAAUCGGCUCAAAGGCUGUAUGUUCACUUCUGACAAAGUCAUGAAAAAGAAGGGUCGAGGGAGUUAUGAGGAAUAUUUAUCUAAAAUUGAUGGCAUUACUUUGAGUGCAGUAAAAUGGUAUGACAACAAGCCUGUUUAUUUGCUCAGUACUUUUGCUGGUGUUCAUCCAACAUCAACAGUGGAGAGAUGGGACCAUACAAAGAAAGAAAAAAUAAAUGUUGAAUGCCCCAGUAUUGUUCACUAUUACAAUCAGUGCACGGGUGGUGUUGAUCUGUUGGACUCACUGAUAGCAUUGUAUCGCAUCAAGAUCCGGUCGAAGAAAUUUUAUUUGAGAAUUGUAUUUCACUUGCUUGAUCUGACUGUAGUCAAUGCUUGGCUACUAUAG